AUGGCUGGUUUAGGGGCUGUCAUUCGAGAUGAGCAUGGUAACUUCAUAAGGGGAGCUGUAAAGGUUAGACUUCCCUCUUCUCCUAUUGAAGCUGAAGCCCAUGCAGCCUUAUAUGGUCUGGUGGUAGCCUCGGAUUUGGGCAAUGUUCAUCUAGAGUGUGAGUCUGAUUCAAAGGAGCUGAUUCAAAGCGUUAAGGGGAGGAUUCAGAAAGGUAGAUGGACAAUCUACUCAAUUCUUGCUGCCUUGAAGGAGAAGUGCAGAAUUUUUGGCUCUUGCUCCUGGAAGUGGAUCCCAAGGAAAGCAAACAAAGCAGCAGAUGCUGCAGCUAUUGAAGCGAAGAGGAAGAUGUGCGAUGAGGUCUGGAUCAGCCGACCCCUAUCCUCCCUCCCUAGUGUUCGUGCUCCAAAGCGAUGGCCUCCCAUGUCCUCCACAGGUGUAAGGUUUUUGUCUAGUUAG